ACGUGCUCUACUCUAUGGUGUCUAUGGUUUACCCAAUCUUUUCUUUUGCUUUUGGUGAUAUUUUUUGCAAAUCGCCAAUAUUUUUUGUGCUGCUAAUGUAUUAUUGAAAGUGAUUUUUAUUCAUCUUUAUCUAUUAUUAUUCUCAUAGUUACGUAUAUUUUAUUAUAAUUGUAUUACUCCGUAGUGAUAUCAAAUUAGUGACAUAAACAAGUUAACUUUUAUGCGAAGUGUUCUGUGCCACUUUCUAAGUAACUGUAAUUACGGGAAAACAAGUUUAAAAUUAUAUUUAUUUGUUUUUUGGAUUAUUGUUGUCAAUAACUUUUAAUAAAGAUAUUGUAUGUGGUCAAGAUAAAGUGGAAAAUACGUUAUAAGUUGUGUCAAAAUAAUGCCAUGUAUGCUCCGGAUCAUCUUAGAAGAAAGGAAAUUAGAGAUGCUAUGUACCGUAGCAAUUCAAGCCUUGACUUGAUAUACGCAGAGCACCCUACAGGGAGCUGUUUGCGACGCGAAUAUGGCAGUCAUGGGUCAAUUGACGUGAUCGGAGGUAACAGUGAACGGCACCCCGCAAUGGUUCACAAUUACAGUGGAUUAAACGCACCCGAUAGACCGUCCGGCCUCAGUGGUGUCGCUGAUCGGUUCUCUGAAGUUCUGGCCGGAGACCACGCUGAUGGGCCGACCCCCCGAGCGAGUGUAAGUCCUAAACCCCGUUUAAAGUUAAAUAAAUUUUGGGGUGGUACCACAGCAGUCAUCACUAGGCCAGAAGCUGAUGGUAUCAUAUCAUCUGUAUCUGACAGUAACAAAAGGAAGCAAUUCGCACAUUAUGAUUGUCAGUCACUGUUGGCCAAUUUGAGUUAUGCAGCUGAAAUACGAGGAGCACUUUUGAGUCGACGUCGGAACACCACUACUGGAGCAUCCGCUGCAUCUCUGCUUGCUACACGUGGCUUACCUCCGGGGGAGGAUGCAGUGCCUGACACUGGUGAUGGACGCUCCAAUGAAUUGCUUGAAAGUUGUCCGUUCUUCAGGAAUGAAUUGGGUGGUGAAGAGGAGCGCUGUGUAUCGCUAUGCUCCCGUACUGCGCGUGGGGCCAUAGCUGGUCAGUUUGGAGGAUGGCACCGACCCCGGGCCGCGUAUGGUUUCUCUGUGCUGGAGUUUCCACCAGACCACACACAUUGGCGGCAUGGGUGCCCCUUUGUGAGAUCCAGCUCGCCGCUACCCAUCGAACGACUGGACCUCGGAGCGUUGUACUAUAGAAACUACUUUUAUACACAACCACAUCAAAACUGGUUCGGCAUGGACGAAAAUCUUGGUCCAGUUGCGAUCUCCAUAAAGAAGGAGCGAGUUGAACUACGCAGAGGAGGUGGCGACACUUCGGCUCCUGCUUCUCAGCUCGCAUGGCAGUAUCGGCUGAUUGUGCGCAGCUCGGAACUGCUAACUCUACGCGGCUCCGUGCUAGAAGAUGCGCUCCCCACCGUCAAACCUAGCAAUAACAGUGUUACGUAUAACACGAAAGAAGUGUUAGAAUACGUGGCUCCAGAACUGCAACUUAGUUGUUUAAGGCUCGGUAUCACCAGUGGUGGUGCAGAAGAACAGUUGCUAAGACUGGACGAGCAACGUGUGACCAGACAUUACAAAGUCGGUGUAAUGUACUGCAAAAGCGGCCAGUCCACUGAAGAAGAGAUGUACAACAACCAAGAAGCAGGACCAGCUUUCGUGGAAUUCCUCCAGAUGUUGGGCCAAACUGUUCGAUUAAAAGACUUCGACAAAUAUAAAGCCGGUUUAGACAAUAGAACCGAUUCCACUGGGUUGUAUUCAGUGUACACUACGUACCAAGGCUGCGAGAUAAUGUUCCACGUGUCAACAAUGCUGCCAUACACUCCGAACAACAGGCAGCAGUUGUUGAGGAAACGGCAUAUAGGAAACGAUAUAGUCACAAUAGUCUUCCAAGAGCCGGGCUCCCUUCCCUUCACACCGAGGAACAUUCGGUCUCAGUUCCAACACGUGUUUGUGGUGGUUAGGGUGAUAGACCCGUGCACAGAGAACACGCAUUAUAGUUUAGCUGUAAGUCGUGCUAAAGAAGUGCCUUUAUUCGGACCGCCGAUCAAAGAUGGCGCGGUCUACCCCAAGGGUGAAGCGUUCACCGAUUUGUUACUUAGUAAGGUUAUAAAUGGUGAAAAUGCUGCCAUCCAAUCCCCUAAAUUUAGUACAAUGGCCACGCGCACUAGACAAGAGUACCUGAAAGAUCUCGCCAAUAAUUAUGUUUCCGCAACUACUGUGGACACGGGACAAAAAUUUUCAAUUUUUUCCUCCUUAUUAAUGAAAAGCGGCAACAAUUCCAACAACAAUGCUAUAAUACCUCGCAUUGAAGAUUGCAACAACGAUGUACUUGUCAGAGGGGCACUGUGUUACCACGUACAAGUUCAAGAUGAAGGAGCGGGUGGUAACAUAUUGGAUUGUAUAAUGGGAGUAUCUGCAGACUCUAUCGUCAUCGUCGAAGAGAGUUCCAGACAAAUUGUUCUUGUCUUGCCGACAAAUACUUUGCUUGGCUGGGUGGUGAGCGGCAGUUGGACGCGCGUGUACUACCACCGCGGGGAGAGCGUGCGUGUGAGCGCGGCGACGGGCGACGGACUGCUGCGCCGCCUCGCCAGCGUCGCGCCGCCGCACGCGCACGCGCUGGACGAGCUCACGCUGGAGAGGGGCGCCGCUUCGCAACUGGGGUUCCACGUCCAAGCGGACGGUUUGGUGACGGCGGUGGAGAGCGGCGGCGCGGCGUCCAAGGCGGGAGUCAAGCGCGGCGCUCGGCUGCUGGAAGUGUGCCGCGCUGCGGUCGUGGCCCUGCCGCACGACCACCUCGUCGACCUGUUGAAGACCUCUGAUCCAGUCACUGUGCGCUUGACGUUCGCGGUGGGCGCGCGCUGCGAAUGCCAGAGCGCGUGCGGGGAGGCGUGGGGCCAGCAACCUUCACGCCGCCGCCUGUCGCCGCCGCGCUCCGACACCUCGGGAUAUGGCACCGGUGGGUCAGGGCGCAGUACCACGUCGGGCGGCAACGGAGGCAGCCUAGAAGUACGCCGACGCGUGCACGAGGGGUCCUCCCCGAGGCACUCCCGGCGCCCGCGCUCCGCAGCGCACUCUUCUCUUACUGAGGAAUUGAUGCGACUAAUGGACGCAGAGCUGGCUGAGGGGAGAGGGGCAACUGCGGAGGGCAACGGCGUUUCCCGGGAGGGGGGAGGUGCCCCGCUGCCCCUGCCCGACGCGUCGGCGCUGGACUGGGCUGCGUUGGUCCACACUGCCACCCGCGCUAUGUUGCAGAUUUGCGAGGAGCAUCAGUACCAGUCGAUAGAACCGACCGACCCGCCGCCCGACUCUACCACAGACGUCGCUCUGGACACGUGGACUGAUUUAUCUACAAACGACGCAACAGAGAGCACAAGCCCAGCGGCACGUCACGGCGCGGGCGACGGCGUGCACGCCACCUGCGGCUGCGGGCUGGCGGAGCGCGUGGCGGCGCUCGAGGCCGACGCCGCCACCGCGCAGAGACACCGCCACCACCUCGAGGAAGAGGUCCGGCGGCUGCGAAGGCUCAACGGUCGUCUUCGCGAAGAGUCGGCGAGGGCGGUGUGGCAACUGCGACACUUCACGCAGUGGUUCAAACGCACCGUCGACAAACAGUAAUCAAAUUUUAUAGCAGGUUAGUUAUCGCGAUCGGUAUCCCCCACGCUUUACCAAUGACACAAUUUAUUACUAAUAUCCUGACAGUUACUACGAGGUUACAUGAUAAAGGUACCGGAGACGACAGAAGUAUAUCAACAACAAACCAUAUGAAGUCGGUUAAAUAGUACAAGAGCCGUCAUAAGAAAUAUAUACCCUCAUCUGUUAUUUAAUUGGGAUAAGAAAUAAAUGAUAGAAAAUAUUCAUAUUAACACAAUGCAUAUUUGUCCUUUGAAAUGUUACAUGAGCUUUGCAUGUUUUACAGGACGCAAUUUUUUUUGGGACGUGUCAACUUUUCUAUUGACUUUUCAUAUUUUUUUGUAAGACGAUUAGUUUCUGAGAUAUCGGGAAAAAAGUGUUUUCACCCCGGGGCGACAAGGGUGGCGACCCCACAAACUUGAGUGUUAAGCUUCUACUGAUCUCCCACACAUGUCCCUAAAAUAAAAUUGCGUCCUCUAAAACAUGCAAUAUUCGGUCCUUAAAUUGUAACAUUUCAAUGGGUUGCCUAGUCAAAUAGCGGGAUUUUUUUUAAUUUAUUUAAUCUGCUUCCCUCAUUAUUGAAUUAAAAAAAAUUGUCUUCUAAUGUGUCAAAAAGCUUAUUUUAUGCUUAAUUUAACUAGGAAACCUAUCUGCACUGUGUGCACUAUCAUUCAUUUCAUAGCACUAAUGAAUAACAGAUGAGGGUAUAUAUUUCUGAUGCCGGAUCUUAGACCGAACUCUAAAAACUAAUUAUAAUUAUUUAUUAAAAAAUAUGAAUGAAUGCUACAAACAAAUAGUAUCUACAUUUCUCUAACUGAAAUUCGGAUAUUAUUCAUAUCCCUAAUAUCGUUAUAAAUGUAUUUUUUUUAAAUAAUAAUAAUAAUUAUUGUUGUUGACCUACCUGUCGUUAGAUGGAAAACCAUUGGCUUUAGUCUGUCGUUGCGUUGUCAACACAAUUAAAAGACAUGAUGUCAUUGUUGGUAAUAAAAUUAGACAAACUUGGUACUUAUUCUCUUUAACAAACAGGUACUCUAAGAGCGGUUUCAGACUAGCGUUUUAUACGCGCGCGCUUGUUGAAUCGUUUAGAAUCACUUCGCAGUUCUGGGUAAAGUGUAUUAAAGUGACCGGUUAUAAGUCUUGAUGCAACUAUCAGUGACACCCAGCAUUUUUUUCGUCGUCUCAGUCGAUGGCGAAUAAGUAGCGCAAAUAGUAAUGUUUCUUCGUCAGAAUCCAUGUUGAUACACGACACCACCGGUUCGAGCGAACACGCCGAUAUAUACCCGAUCUCGCGAGUCCGGUUUUUUGAAGCGCGUAUUGUAGCGCACGUGUAAACGCGUUUGCUGAAACGACCGCAAAUAAAUACGCUAGUCUGAAAUCACUCUUUUGGGUGUGUAGUAACCCAAAGUUAGCUAAAUAAAACGCAUGUAGGAUGCAUUCGAAUUAGCACCAAAAAUUGCAAAUCGGUCAAAUUUUUAGUGUCAAGAAAUGUAUAAAGCUUGUAUUUUAAUACACUCCGCGAUCAACUAUCAUGAGACAAUAAGGAAUUUCACACUGUAUACAGUGCGUAUGUAAUAAUUGGAAACUACCUUGAUAAUAAUAUAGUUGAAUUUUCAAAGAGUUGUUACAAUGCUCGAAAUUAUACUAAAUAAUUGAAUAUAGUUGUCACCCAGCGCUGUAUCUUAUGAAUUUUGUGCCUUUUAAGCUGAAGAAAGGACUACCACUGAAUUGGUACCGUACAAUAUAACAAAAAUUACUUUUAGAGAUUUCAACUGUACCUUCAUGUUGUAAGAUAAUUUUUAAAGCUUCUUCCUUGCUUAUUUAAUUAUUACGUGAAUAUGUAACGAAAGGUCUUCAAUUAAGGCUGCCAUUCCACCGAAGCGGAGCGAGGCAGCGGAGCCGAGAAACGGAUUAACCAAUAGGAUUACACAAAAACUCCGCUUCUCUUAAAUGGACAGGGACUUGGGAGCUAGUUUAAAAAUUCAUAUAAAAACGAUAAGCGGAGCAGGGUUAAUAAAUUAAAUUUAACAUUUAUUGGAAAAUUAUGUUCCAUUUAUACCCAAUUGGGGCAUAUAAAUGACUAGCUGACGCCGCGCGGUUGCACCCACGUGGUCCCGUUCCCGUAGGAAUACGGGGAUAAUAUUCCGCAUUCUCCUCCUCCUUUUUCCUCGAUAAAUUGGCUAUCUAACACUGAAAGAAUUUUUCAAAUCGGACUAGUAGUUCCUGAUAUAAGCGCGUUCAACCAAACAAACUCUUCAGCUUUAUAAUAUUAGUAUAGAUAAAGCAUUUAGGUACAUGCAAUUAUUAUUGUUUCGGUACCAAGCAUUGGCGUCCUUUCGAUUUAGCUCAACGAAAUUGUUUUUCAUAACGAUGUUUGCUGUUUCAAUAUAUACCGUAUGUAUAUUAAUUUUUAGAGUAUUGUUAUACGAUACUUUUGCUGUUUCUAUUUGAAAUAUAUUUGUGUAUAUUAUAUACGGCUGUAACAAUUUAAAGCAUAGUGAGGAAGUAAAAGUAUAGAGAGAGCCGUGAUAGCCCAGUGGAUAUGAACUAGAGAGCCGUGAUAGCCCAGUGGAUAUGAACUCUGCCUCCGAUUCCGGAGGGUGUGAGUUCGAAUCCGGUUCGGGGCAUGCACCUCCAACUUUUCAGUUGUGUGCAUUUAAAGAAAUUAAAUAUCACGUGUCUCAAUCGGUGAAGGAAAACAUCGUGAGGAAACCUGCAUAUCAGAGAAUUGAGAUAAUUCUCUGCGUGUGUGAAGUCUGCUAAUCCGCAUUGGGCCAGCGUGGUGGACUAUUGGCCUAACCCCUCUCAUUCUGAGAGGAGACUCGAGCUCAGCAGUGAGCCGAAUAUGGGUUGAUGCCGAGGAAGUAAAAUAAUUUACUAUCAGAAUCCGACUUGUUGCUGUUUAUUAGAAGUUUUAUAAGCCUACUUAAAAUAAACGAAUUUCGAUUUGAUUCGGAUUUGGUUUUUGUAUUACAUUAUUUUCAAUCAAUGUAAUACAAAAAAAAGCUUACAUUAAUUAUAUUUUACUGCAAAAAAGGAGUUUUUUUUUUUAAUUUCACCGUAUGUAUUUAAAUUACUACAAGAAUUUUAAUAUUUUGUAUAGUCAAUCGAUUCCUGGAGGUCCAUUUACUAAAGGAAAUAUUUUAUAGAUUUUAUAGACAUUGAUUGAAAUUUUUGAUAAUUAUUUUGUUGCAGCCGUAAUGUUAUGUUUAGCGCUAAAAAUACGGUCUGAUAUAAUGUGUAAUGUUUUGUAAGAUAUUUAUUUGUUAGUAUUAACUAUUAUCAUAUAAUAUAACCAACGUUUAUCUAUCCAUGACAGAGGUUUGCGUUAAAAUAUUACGAUCAUUUAUAUUAGAUAGCCCUGAACAAUAUAUAGUUCAGCAUACGUAUAUUUAAUUGAUUAUGAAACACGGCUAAAACUCACGUGAUAUUACGUCGGAGUGUGCCCGACUAGUUUCGAACCCAUACGGGGCCUUUAGUCAUGAGCUGGUUCUUGCAUCGCGGCACGAUCCAAACAGUUUGGAUCGUGCCGCGAUGCAAGAACCAGCUCAUGACUCAGGGUGUUUCAUAAUCAAUUAAUAUGAAUAACACUCACGAUAGUUUAAAUUCUAAAAUACGUAUAUUUAUAUAACUAAGCUGAUAUAACAUUAAUUAUGAAUACGUACUUGUUAUUGAUAUUGUUAUCACAGACUUGAAUCCUGCCAAAUAUUACCGUAAGAUAUAAUGCAUUAGUAAUGAACAAAUAACGCAACCAUAUUAUAUUACAUGAGAACCUCUUUUACUGCAAUCCUGCGGAGUUGAAACAUUUUUGGUCUCAGACCAAUUAUUGUAUAGGACCUGCCUCGCUAGACGUUACUUUUCUAUCAAAGUAUAUGAUCAACGAUCUAAUGCGAUUAUAAAAACUGACUCUAUAGAAUCGAUGUUAAAUAGUUUUAAUCGUGUUCGUCGGUUAAAGUUAAAGAGCUCCGAAAAAAUAUCUUUUUGUAUAAAUUAAUUGUGUAAAAAACGAGCAAAAACUUCUAGUUUAGUAUGAAAUAUAUACAAAAUCUAAUCUUUUCCUCAGAAAAAGACAAGACAAUUUUGUUCGUAACUAUGAGUGCGAUACAGGUCCUUCUAUAAUUGGUCUGAGAUUUUUGGUAGGUAAAUGUUUUAAACGCAAAACAUCUCUAACAUUAUAAAUGUGAAAGUAAGUUCGUCUGAAUCUCUGUUAAUUUUUCACGGCUUAACUACUGAGCCGAUUUGGGUGAAAUUUGGUAUAGAGAUAAAUAGGGAAUUGCAGCAAAACCUAGGCUACUUUUUACCCCGAAAAUAUCCAUGGAUAUCGCCAGAAUUUACGUCAUCAUAGUCGCUUGCGUCCGCUACUUAAAUAUACAAUGAGUCUCUUUAAAGAGUUCUUACGUCACUCUAAUGGGGAUUCUAGCCAGGGUAAGGGGAUACUAGCCAAGGUCAGGGGUCAUGUUUGAACUCACCCCCUCCUAUCGGCCCCUCUAAACUAAAGUCUGGGUCACAGAAGACUACAGAGACGUUUACCCCCUAACAUUUCUUUAGCCCUCGGGCUCGACUCCGCUGAGCAUUAGGCAAAUAACUCACUAACUUGUGUUAUUUGUACGUUUAGUGUCUACCUUAAUUAGAAACCUUGUUAUUAUUAAAUUCUGGAGCCUACCAAAUGCACAAUCCGAAAUGAAUUUAGAAAAGUCUAGUUUUAUUUCAAAUGUAAUCACGGGGUGGGUCUAUCAACCAUAUAUAAUUUCCAAACCAAUUAUUAUUUUGUUUUGUCGAUGUAACUUUACCAAGUUGUUCUACCUAAUAUUAACACAUCACACUAUUAGUGAAACAUCGAAAGAAUUGCAGAUAAUAAUCAAAAAAUAUGUUCAUACUAUAAGCAUAAAUAACUUUUUAACCACGAUCUCCUAAAUAUAAUUAUUGGAUUGUUCACAAAAGCGCUUAAUCAUUAAUAAUUAAUCUGUGGUUUAAUGUACAUAUAAUCAAGUAUCAACUGUUUGUAUCUCAUAUUUAGAAUACACAAUAUGUUAACAUACAAAGAAAGCUUUAUUAGAUAUAGGUCAAUUACUACGUACUUUACUGUAUAACUUUAAUAAUAUAUGUUUUGUCUAGUUUCUGUGUUUAACUAGCGUCCACAAAUUACAAUUUGAAGAUAAUAAAAACUUAACUUGUUUCCUAAAGAGUUUGUAGCCCUGCAUAUACUAAAGCCAAAUUCAAUGUGCAAUGUUUACCAACAAACCAAUUAGCAAGUAUUUGUUUUAUGUUUAUAAAUACCGGUUUUUUUUUAAAAUUAUGUAUUGCUUUAUUAAUAUUAUUUAUUAAUAAGCUAUAAACUACAUACAUCUAAUUGUUUUAAGCUUAUUAAUCGAAUGUAUAGAAAACACUGACUUUAGUUUAUCGAAAGUCUUUUACAAGAUUCGCACUCAAAAAUUGUUAAAAACUUGUAAUUUUGCGAGACGUUGUUGCAAUAAUUUUAGUGAAUUAAAUUUAUUAUUAGGUGUGAAUUGACUAGCGAUUUAUUUCUCCAUUUUAAAUUUGUUUAUUGAUAAACAUUACACAUCAAGGGUGGCUUUAGUAUCAGUGAGUGAUUUUGCGACAGGGCCUGAUUGAGGAGGUCUGAAGUUGGAAGAAGUGCGACCAAUCUCUUGAAGAGAAAUAGACAAAAGUCAACCAAUUACAGCGCUAUCGGAAAUAUCGCUAUCUCUUACAUUUGCAUUGUGACGAGAGAUAUAGGACUAGGAAGGACUUCUACGCCUACUGAUCUUCUACUAUUGGUUGAAAUUUUGUCUGUUUCUCUUCACGAGAUGUCUUCGAUCGCAUGUUGGCACUACUGUACUGCGAAGGCGAGAUCUCCCGUUAAGUGUCUAGUUGCCUAUAUACUCGUAUGAUGUAUAUGUGGACGGUAGUUGACAUUAGAAUUAUGUUAUUGGACAUAGGUUUUCUUUUUUAAUAUUAUAAAAAUGUGUCAAUUAAAAUCAAGGCAAAGUUGUAAUAGGCUUAUAGUUACUUAAGUUGUAAGUGUUUGUGUUGAUCAUGUUUAAGGUCAAUUGGCACUAUAAUAAUUAUAUAAUGGACUUUAAGCCUGAGGUGCACUUUUAGUAAUUUAUGUCUUAUUUUGUAAGCUUGUUAAGAAAAUUUUCGGUUCCUGAGAUCGGUUUCAGACUAGCGUUUUAUACGCGCGUGUGAGCUCGUUUUUAGAACGCAUAUAGGCGCGUAUAGGUGCGCCUUAUGGCACACGCUCAACUUGUACGAGCGUUGACGCGCUUCUAAGCUCGUAUAUGUUAUGUUGAUACUAACACGGCACCACCGGUUCGAGCGAACACGCUGAAAUAUGCCCGUUUAUGCGAGUCCGGUUUUUUGAAGCGUAAUGUAGCCUGAAUAGCUCAACGUUAAGAGCGGUCGGACUCAUCACCGAUGGGUGGUGGUUCGAUCUCCGUCCCGUUGGUCUAUUGUCGUAUCCACUCCUAAUACAGUCUUUCCCGACUAGUUGGAGAAGAAUGGGAAUAUUGGUCAUUGGUCAUGCUGAAAUGACCGUGUACGCGCAAAAAAUACGCUAGUCUGAAAUCGCUCUUAAGUGGACCGUUUUGUAUGUUUAGUAUGAUUUUCUUGAGAGUAAGAAAAUGAAGUUUUUGAUAUUGUUAUAUAUUUUUAAUACUUUCUUUUUUUAUUGUGAACCAUGCAUUUGCAUUAUUUAUUAAAGAAUUCGUUAUUUAAGUAAAGCGGUGGUACGUACAUCCGCACCAAUUGUUUUUAUCUCAUUGUCAAAGUCGUUUACUCAUUUUUCCAGCUAUCACAAAAUAAUAAUAUGAAAAGUUUGAUAAAACGUAUUUUGUGGAUAUGUUACCGUUAAAUUGUAAAAUACGUUAUUUUAUAAUCUCACUCGCCAUAUUGUAAUCUGUCGAUAUAUUGUGAACAGAACAUACUGAUUACAAUUUAACUGUGUUAUUUUUCGGUAUAUUAUAAUCUAUCGAAGUGAAACCGUUAAAUUGUAAACAGAAUACAAUAUCGCGAGUGAGAAACAAUUUAACGGCGACAGAUACAUAUAAAAUAUUUUGUUAACCGUAAACCGUGACGAAACUUGUGUUUAAAUAAAAUAAAUGUGAAACUUAAUUGUUUUUUCCCACCUUUCCUAGUUUUAGAUACUUACCGUUGUUUACGAAGUAGUAAACGUUUUAAAACCAAAGCGUUACUGUUUACCGCCAUUUUUAAAAUAUCACGUAUUAUUUCAUAACUUUGCAGUUUUGCGUAUGUUUAGUGCAUAACUUAUGUAUUUUAUUUGUACAUUUAAGACAUUCCAGUUGAUUAAAGUGUAUACCAAAGAA